AUGGAUACAGACCCUACCCAAGGCACUACUCACUUGAAUUGGGGAAAUGUCGCGCUCGCCUUCUCUUUCAUCCUUCUCGAUGCCGGCAUCUCCCUCUCGUUCGGUCUCGGGGUCGGCAGCGGGCUUGUCACUGCCGCCAUUAGAUGCGUGCUCCAGCUGAGCGUUGUUGCGCUCAUAUUGCAGAAGGUAUUUGAGACGAACAAUCCAUGGGCAGUUGCGGCGAUUGCUUUCCUGUUGAACUUGAUGGGGACCAUUGAAACAGUCAUUAACAAGUCAAAGCGCCGCUAUCAAUAUAUGUUCCCGUCCGUGCUCUUCGGUAUGCUCAGCUCCACUAUACCCGUCUCCGUCAUUGGCAUUCGUUACGCUAUGGGCGUCCAACCAUUGUGGAAGCCAGAGCAAUACAUCCCUGUGGUGGGUAUGCUCUGUGGUGCCACCAUCUCAGGAAUAGUCGUUUCGGUGUCGUAUGUCUUGAAAGAGCUCAGCGACAACCGAGACAAAGUAGAGAUGUACCUCGCCUUCGGCGCGUCGCGAUUCGAAGCGUGCAAGCCCAUCGCGACCGAAGCGCUCCGGGUCGCGCUCACGCCUAACAUCAACCAGAUGAGUGUGAUCGGCAUCAUUGCGAUCCCGGGCAUGAUGACUGGCGCGAUACUCGGCGGGUCCUCCGUCGAACAGGCCGCCCGCCUGCAGAUGGUGAUCAUGUUCAUGAUAUCCUCGUGCACCGCGCUCUCGUCCAUCGUCACCACCGGUUUAGCACUCGCAGUCGUGGUCGACAACCAGCACCGUAUCCGCAGCGAUCGCAUCGAUAGCAGGAAGCAUUUCAUAUGGAGGGCGACCGACCGGGCGAUGGGGAAGGUGAUUGAUGCCGUGAAGAGCGCAGGGAACAGGGCUUGGUCUGCGGUCAUGAAAGCUUUCAAGAAGGAGGAUGGCAUUUUAGAGAGUGACUCUGGGGAAAGAGAGACUCUCCUGGGUUGA